AAUUAAUAUUUUUACAUAUUUCAAUUUAUAAACAACAUUAUGAAAAUAGGUGUUAAACUACAUGAUCAUCGUUCAAAAGGUCGUAUCGAUACCUAUCAUAUAAAAAAGUGUCCUUAUAAUGCUGAUUAUUAUCAAGCUUGUCGUAUUCUUCAAACUAUACAACAAUACAAUCAUCGUGCAAGUCAUCAAUGUUUACUUCAUCUAGCUACUUUUAUUACACAAUCCUGGGAAUCAAAUCCAAGUCAACAAUUGAUCGAUGAUAUUCUUCAAUUUAUGAAUCAUUUAUUGGAUACAACAGGAUUAUCACCAAUGCCUUUGAAUGAUUCACUUCGACAAUUAUGUGCAAACAAAUCUCCUAUUCCUACUGUAUCUCCAACUCUCACGUUAUUAUUUGCAGCUAGUUAUAUUGAACGUCUCAAGCAGUAUUGUGGCAACAUCAAAGGAAGCAAUGGCUGUAGUCGAAGGUUAUUACUGGUUGCUUUUAUUAUAGCUGCGAAGUAUAUUCAAUCCAAUUUGAGGUUUAUUGUGGACACCAGUCUACCAACUGUAUCCGAUAUCAUGAAUGACAACGAUAACUCUACCUCUGUCACUGGUUCCGAUUCACAACAAGAUCCAAUCCAUUCUGAUCAACUACCAUCGACAGUAUUACCUAUGUCACCUCCAGUGUCUCCAAAACAACCAGAAUUAACAGAUCCGACUCAAUAUCACUACUUCCAUAAUAAUACUACUAGUGUCACAGCAACGCCAAUGACAACAAAGGAAAACAAGGAUAAGACCAACACAUACUCACUACCUUCUCAAUCAUCCUCUGGUAAAUUCAAAACGUCGUUUGCUUCUCUAUGUUCUCAAUUCAACUAUCGUAUUUGGCGUAUGGAGAAUGAAUUCUUGCACUUCCUCAAUAAUGAUAUCUCUGUUCCUGACAGUCUUCGUCUAGCGGCUUGGGCCGAUCAAAUGGCACUCCCUCCUUUGAUACCGGAUUUGUAGAAUAGAAAAAAAAAAUACCUUAUCCCCUGUUAUUCUUCUUUUCCCUUUACUCAAACCCAAGGUACAUCUUUUAUGUUCCUUUUGUCUUCUUAUUCUAUCUUCUUCAGUACUUAUAAUUAUCCCACUUUCUGUAUAUACAAUAAAAUCAUCAUCAUUUACCAUUUGUCUACAAUCAUCAUCACCCCAUCAUCACAUAUUAUUCAUUAUCCAAUCAUCCGUUAUCCAUUAAUCAUUAUUCAUCAUCAUAAUAAAUUGUUUUGU